UCCACUGGAGCGUCCACAGACAAACAGCACGGGGCAGUGGGAGAAUUAACUUCAGUCUCCAUCCACACGAAACAGACCCGUACCCGCGGGUACACACACAUCCAGAGUCCCGUCGCUUCCUGAAGUGCUUCUCACGGAAAUGGUUCACCUGAAGUUUCGGUGAAAGUUUGGGAGUUGGGGAGGAAGGAGACGCAGCGGGGAGACGCUGCAAAUGGAGAGAGGGUAAAUUAACCCAUCUGGAUCAGCAAAGUUCAGCAAGGACAUAGCUCCAGUGUGAGGUGGUAUGUCAAACCGUGACUCGCUAGGGUUCGGGGAACUGCUUCCCCAGGAUGUGGUUGAUAUUUUUGCCCAGGAGAAGCAUGGCAAGAGGGGCCAGAAGAAACGCAGCCACUCCCUGGGCCGGGCUCUGGGCUGGCUGAAGGGCAAGAAGAGGAAGGAGCUCGGUGCUAAGGGGCAGGGCCUGGGUCUCGGUCCUGCGCUCGACUUGGCUUUGGAUGGGCACCCUGCUGGGCAUCAGGGUGGACACAAGGGAGGACAUAAGUCGGGAAGACCACAAGGUAACAGUCAUGCUGUCUCCAAGCGAGAUGAUGAUGAUGACAAGACUCCGGCACCCCCGGAGUUCCAGGAGAAUGUGUUCAUCGAGGCCAGCAGGCCCAAGUACCUGGAGAACCUCCACACUGAGGCCCUGGAGGGAUUGAAAAUGAUGCAGCAGGAAGAAACCAAUAACGGAGUGGAGUUCCAGGACAAUGAAAGCGCGAUUUCGACAAUAGGGACCAACACGGACAGGGAAGAUGCUGGAUUUAUGACAGACAGUACGAUUGCUGACACAACUUCUGUUGUCUCUGUACAAUCAUCUGUGUCCACAAGAUCCUCCCGCUCUGGGCUCACCAGGCAAGGAUCAACAUUCAGACCCUUAAACUCUGGGGAAAAGCCUGACAAGAGCAAGAAAAGGAGACGACACAGGAAGACUGUUGGGAGUAUCCCACAGCAUGUCCAGAGAGAACUGGGCCUGGACAGAGCGGGUUGGUCACUGACUCAGAGGUUAGAUGAGGAGCAGCUUUACAAUGGUGAAUCUGACAUCAGCCCAACCACUGAUGGGCUACAGCAGGCAGCACAAAGGGGAGCUGGUGCCAACUCUCCCAACAUCAAUGUCAUGCAUCCCCUCAGCAAAGAGAAACUUGAGCAGCUGGGUGAUGCUCGUCAUAGGGAUGACCUGGACCUGCUGCAUCACCUGAACCCUGACUUGUCAGAUGGGGACAGGCCUCAUUCCCUGGCCGUUCCUUGGAUGACCACUGCCAACAGCCUCCAGCCGGAGCUGCCAAGCCCUGUCAUAACCACAUCACCCCAGGCUGCCUACAUGUCCAAAAUCAUUCCCAAUGCUGUGUUGCCACCGUCUAUCGACGUGGUGGAAAUCAGCCGUGGACGGAGUCGUAACAGUGUCCGCACGGUCAGCAAGAGCAGCCUGCUGCUGUCCAGUCCAGCCACCUCUCGUGCUUCCUCCAGAGCCUCCAAUGUCACCUCCGCUUCCCACCAAAAACCUCCCAAUAUGUCCGACAGCUCUUGUUGGAGCAACUCUGAGUCCUCAGAUACCUUGGUAUCUGACUCCUCAACCAUCUCCAGGAGCAGCACCCCCAGGCAGAAGAGGUCACAGAAUGGAGAUGCCUCUGCUAAAGCGGACAAAAGCAGUGUUCACUCCUCCACCAGCAAGGGUUCAAAAUGCACCUCCAAUGGGAAGGUCAUUAUUAAGGAAGGCGAGGGUAAGAAAGAUGGGUCGUUUGCACGUAGCCUCUCUGUCAUGAAAGCCAAGAGGGCUCCUCCCCCUCCGAGCCGCUCCUAUUCCCUUCACAAUAAGAUGAAACGACGGUCACGUGAUCUGGCGGAGGUCAGGAUCAACUCAAGGGAAUCUUCAUUACAAAACAUUGCAACGUCUGGUGAAAAAGAGAAAAACAAAUCAGGAUCUUCUCCUUUGCCCGGCAAACCUGUAGACAGCCCUGGAUACAAUGCGGACACCAGUUCUCUGGAAGACUCUACAGGUUCUGCAUCAUUCAGUCCCCUCAGACCCUAUCUGCCUGCACGAAAGACAGAGGAAGCUGCAAAGGUUGAUGAAUCGGAUUCCAAAGAUGCUUCACAAGAGAAAAAGGAACCCCUUAAGGAGAAUAAGCUAAGCAAAACAAUCUCUCCGUCCAGUGGCUACUCCAGCCAAGAUGUUUCUAAGCAGUCCCACAGCUCAUCUCCAAGGCACAAAAGAGGCAUCUUUGCAAAGCUUCAGAGGUUAUUUCCUGGGUCCUCUCCUGCUGCUUCAAAUGCAUCCUCUCUCACCAAGCCAGAGGAUCCCAAACCUGAUACCACAGUCGAUACUGUCAGUGACAGCCCUUCUGUGAGGGCCUUGAGAGAACUCUUCAACAUCCCUCCACCACCUAAAAUCCAUGCACCUCCACCCCCUCCUCCAGAGGUGUGGGUUCACAGCAGGCGCUCCAUUGAACUGCUCCUGGGACCACCGGUCCCCGACAACCUUCAGGCCAUCAUAAAGAAGAAUCCAAAGGACAGGAGACAACAGAGGCAGUCUCCUCCUGCAUCUACAGAGGGCUCUGUGAAGAGCUUGGUGGUGGAAAAAAAACACAAGAAUCCGGCUGUGACAGUGGAGUCCGUUGAUGGAUCAUUACAUGUGCAGGAGAUAAAGAAAGUUCAAGAAAGUGGUAUUUUGAGUGCAGAGAUUCACAAAGAGAAUGAUGAGCGACUGGCUGAGCAAAAUGUUGAUUUGGAAGGAAACAGCAAAGUGACAGAAAAAGAUGAGAAAGUAAGAGUAAGUGACAUUAUAAACGGGAUGUUAGUGAAGGCUGUAGAGAAACGCAAAGGAAGGCUGGCAGCACUGAAAGAAGACGAAGCCAAAAAGAAAUCCACACAAGCCACAGAGCUAAAGACUAACACAGAUACGAUACCUGCUAUUUCAUUAGCACGCAUUCCUCCCCAACCCCCAACCACUGUAUCCCCUGAGUCGUCCUGGCCCCCACCACCCCCACCAAUAGCACCAGCGGGCCUCAAUGGGCCUGAUGACGUUGAUUUCCCUCUUCCGCCCCCACCAAUGUUCAGUGAGGUGGGGUUAGUUGUACCUGUGCAAGUCCCACCUGAGAGGACCAUUCCUGGUGGUAACUCCUCUUCUACAACUACGUCUGUAAUAUCAGUGGUGAAAACAGAAAGUGUUAGGGUGACCACAGAGGCUGAAACACAGAAGCCCAGUACAUCCGUUGCACCUACACCCCUGAUUAUCCCCCCUCCCCCGCCAUAUUCAGCUCCCCCUCCACCAGUUAAAAAAGUCUCCCCUCCUACAACUAGAAUGGUCACUCCUCUGCCACCAAUUCAAGAGGUCUCUGCUCCGCCACCACCAAAGGAGGUUUCUCUUGCACCACCUGAAGAGAUUCCUCCUCCACCACCACCAAUAGAGGUUGUACCUCCACCACCAACAAUAGAGGUUUCUCUUCCACCACCUAAAGAAAUUCCUCCUCCACCACCAGUAAAGUUUGCAACCCCACCACCACCAAAAGAGGUUUCUCUUCCACCACCCAAAGAGUUUUCUCCUCCGCCAAUAGAGGUUUCACUUCCAGCACCAACUAAAGAGGUCUCUCCCCCUCCACCACCUGAAGUUUCACCUUUGAAGCCCACAGAGCCCUCUCCUCCACUUGUUAAAGACGUCUCUGUCACACUGGUUACCGUGGUAUCUCCUUCACCAGUUAAAGAGGUCUCCACUGUGUCCACUGAGGAGGUUUCUCCCCCAUCUUCUCAAGAGAAUGCCUCUGAGGAGGUGACACCUGCUAGCAAGCACACUCCACCAGAAAGUAUUCCACCUCCACCACCCCUACAGUCACAACCAAAGUCAUCAGAGCAGGAGACUGAUCUUCCACAAGAGAGCAUCCCAUCUGAGUCUGAAACUAACCCAGGUUCAUCUAACAGUAUUCUCACUCCCCCUCAGAGUAUUCCCCCUCCGCCUCCCACAGAACUUUACCACCAACCUCAGGUUGUGCCUACGAACAUUGAUGUUCCAGCAACCCAGGAGGCUUCCCCUUCACCACCAUCUGAAGCCCCCAUCCCACCAGUUCUAGAAAACUCUCCUUCACCAGAAAAGGCCCAAGAACCUGAUCCUUCUCCACCUGUAAACAUUCCUUUGCCUCCACCCUUGCCUGUGCAGGGUCUUGCCAGCAUCAAGCCGCAGCCUUGUCCUGCAAGCACAGAAAAACAAACCCCUGAGGUGACCUCUGCCCCUGUUGUACAGGAGGGAUCCACUCCCAUUGUUACCCCCUCCCUUCUGCAGAUGGUCAAGCUGCGGUCAGUCAAUAGCAGCCCUGAGCCUCCUAAAGCUCAGGAGCCACCAGAGGCUGAGGUCACGAUGAGGGAGCAGCAGCCCAGCAAUCCAGUCCCAACUUCAUCUGCCAGUGGUGAGGCUCCUCAGAAGCCCAUCAGAAGGUCUCUGAUCCUCCUCUCUCCCGGACCCUUCUCUCCACCAUCCACCUCUCCGCCAUCCACCUCUCCACCACCCACCUCUCCACCUGCUAUAGUUACCGCACUACCAGCUCUGCCCAAGUCCCAGUCCAUUUUGGUUCCACCUACAUCUUCUUCCGCAGUCAUCUCCCCUACAAAAAAGUCUCCUCCUGCCAUGACGGCUUCUCCCUCCAUGAACCUACAGGAGGCCAUCCGUCUGAGGACAGCAGCCAGAUCCAAAGAAGGCCCUGCAUCUCGCCUCAGCUUGCACUCACCAACAUCACCAGUAGACCUCCGUAAGUCCCCAUCCCCCUCCAGCACAGCAAGCUUUAUCUUUGCCAAGAGCACCAAGAGGGUGGUGAUUGAUACCAAGCAGGCACCAGAGACCAUGGCGACCGUACAGAAGACGGUGGAGGUUCCCUCCCCAACAAAGGUGGCGAGUGAGGCGGAGUGGGCGAAGAAGGGCAUCAAGGUGCCACCACCUGUUGCAAAGAAACCCAAAACGAAGGGCAAAGAGAUUGAGACCAGUGAAGGGACGGCGCAGACUGCAGGACAGGAAGCACUGGAAGAGAGUAUCAAGGAUGCUGCGGAGAAAACAAAUGGGACAGCAGGUACUGUUGAAGGAGGGACACCAUCAGCAUGAUUGUAAAGACUGAAGGAGACCUGGGAAGGACUUACCUAUAACACUGAAAUUGCUGACAGUUGGUCUUUGUGUGUGAGAGACAAGAAACUGGAUUUUGAAAAGACGAGAUGCUUAUUUCAAAGAUUGCAUUUGGAAAAGCUGUGGAUUUUAAGAAAAUCCUAUGACUUUGAUGUUAAUGGUGUGGGUCUUAAAUUUCUCAAGUACUCAUUUUGGAGUUUUGUAAGCGUGAAUUCAGCAUAUUUUCUUUUGCCUGUGGGUCUUCUGAGCUUUACCAUUGCUAGAGAUGGGAGUAUAUCGCCCUCUAGUGUCAAACAUUGAUUGUACCACUUUUGUCCUGCUGAAUCAGAGCUUUAGUCAGUACUCGUAUCAAUGGGACUUUUGGGCACUCAUCUGUAAAUAUAGCAAGAUUUUGUACAUUUAACACAUCCAGGAGUGAUGGAUCUUUCCUACAGAGUUCUGUAUUUUCUCCAAAAACGUUUCCACACCAAUUAUAUUUGUUAAAAAAUGUUAAUUAUCUUAAGUUAUUUUUCCUGUUUCCAUGUUCAGAGGAGGGUCUCUACAGGCACAAUGUCUUCUUUGCAGUUUUGUUACACCCUAAUAUCAUUUAAAUCAAAUGUGUAUGUAUAGCUCUUAAUCAUUCCAAAUCGAUGUCCUUCUCAGAAAUCCCACGUCCUUUUUAUUUUGUAUGAUUUAAAGAUCUUUAUGUGUGCGACCGUUAAUGUCACAGAGGCAGUGAGCAGAAAUGUAAAGCAAUAGAGAGAGUCGUUAUUUUGGUGCACAUUUUCUGCUGCUUUUAGUUACUGAGAAUGGAUUAAUGGCUCAAAACAGUGGGAUAUAUCUGUUAAACUAUAAUAUAUUUCAAGCUGGUUUCAGACACUGUAAUGUAAUAAAUCAUUUAUAAUGGAAAAAUAAAGAUUUAUGGACAGAUCAAA